CGCGGUGAGUUUGAAACAGCUCGCACUUAGCUUCAAAGCUGGCUCUAGGAAGUUAAGGCCAGAGCGACGCCGCCGUGGUAGCCGCCGCCGCUUUCGUCGCGGGAUAAUAAGCCGGGUAGAGUUGCUGAGGAUCUACCAAAUCUGCUGAUUAACUAUGGAAGAUUAUACCAAAAUAGAGAAAAUUGGAGAAGGUACCUAUGGAGUUGUGUAUAAGGGUAGACACAAAACUACAGGUCAAGUAGUAGCCAUGAAGAAAAUCAGACUAGAAAGUGAAGAGGAAGGGGUUCCUAGUACUGCAAUUCGGGAAAUUUCUCUAUUAAAAGAACUUCGUCAUCCAAAUAUAGUCAGUCUUCAAGAUGUGCUUAUGCAGGAUUCCAGGUUAUAUCUCAUUUUUGAAUUCCUUUCCAUGGAUCUUAAGAAAUACUUAGAUUCCAUCCCUCCUGGUCAGUUCAUGGAUUCUUCACUUGUUAAGAGUUAUUUGUACCAAAUCCUACAAGGGAUUGUGUUUUGCCACUCCAGAAGAGUUCUGCACAGAGACUUAAAACCUCAAAAUCUAUUGAUUGAUGACAAAGGAACAAUUAAACUGGCUGAUUUUGGCCUUGCCAGAGCUUUUGGAAUACCUAUUAGAGUAUACACACAUGAGGUGGUAACACUCUGGUACAGAUCUCCAGAAGUAUUGCUGGGGUCAGCUCGCUACUCGACUCCGGUUGACAUUUGGAGUAUAGGCACCAUAUUUGCAGAAUUAGCAACCAAAAAACCACUUUUCCAUGGGGAUUCAGAAAUCGAUCAACUCUUCAGAAUUUUCAGAGCUUUGGGUACUCCCAAUAAUGAAGUGUGGCCAGAAGUGGAAUCUUUACAAGACUAUAAGAAUACAUUUCCCAAGUGGAAACCAGGAAGUCUGGCAUCCCAUGUUAAAAACUUGGAUGAAAAUGGCUUGGAUCUGCUCUCGAAAAUGUUAGUCUAUGAUCCUGCCAAACGAAUUUCUGGCAAAAUGGCACUGAAUCAUCCUUAUUUUAAUGAUUUGGACAAUCAGAUUAAGAAGAUGUAGCUUUCUGACAAAGAGUUUCCACGUAUCAAGAACAGAUAGUUAUAUUUUUACUGUUAACUUUGUCUGUUUUUGUUUUGUGUAUUUUUCUUUUCUUUGUUGUAAACUUAAGCUGUACUUCAUCUUCUGAUUUCAAAAGUGUAACUUAAAAAUGUAAAUAUUGUUCUAUAUGAAUUUAAAUAUAAUAAUUCUGUAUAUGUUUAUAGAUCUCACUGUAACAGCUAUUUGCUACCAUAAUAAAACUAUAAAUCUAG